UUCACUACUUCCGUCUUCUCUCGUGCCGUGUUUGCAUAGACUGGGCUGAGAAGGAAGUCCAGGAAAAAAAAAAAAAAAAGAAGUUUGCCCACAAAAGAGGAAAAGAGGACCCAUGAGGAGAACUUACAAGGAUUUUCGUGAGGAGUGUGUUGUUGGUGUCGUGACGUUUGCCAGACGCCAUGGGGGCUAUUAGAGGUGUUGUUAGGGUUGAGGGGACCAUAAAAGUGCCUUGGAAGGGAGAGGACUGACACAUUCUUUGAUAGUCAACUCAGUGUAUGAGUGGAAGAGCUCCAACCAGACAAACCAGAUUCCUCCUGAUGGAUUUUAGAGGGAAACCCUACCCUGAAGCCUCGGAGACUGCCGAGGAAUAGACGUCACACACACACACACACAAACAUUCUCUCACACACCUCAGUGGGAGAGCGGAGGGGCUAGAAGGAGCAUGGAAGCACUGAGAGAGUCUUUUCUGCAUUUGACUUUUCAGAUGUCAACGUAUAAGAGAGCCACGCUGGAUGAGGAGGACCUGGUGGAUUCCACCGGUGACGAGAUCUACCCAUCAUCACCCAUGCAGGUGACUCUUCUGCACGGCCGCGGUCCCUCGUGUUGGCCAGAGAGGACACAGAGAGAGAGGAGGCUGCUGUUUUUAGUGUGUGUGGUGUCUUUAGGCCUCUUCAUAUCCCUCAUCACAACCGGUGUCUUCUACAAACAGACUCACCCGGGCGUGUGCCUAACAGAGCCGUGCAUUACUGUGUCCAGCGCAGUCAUGGGAGCCCUGGACCGCUCCGUAGACCCCUGCCAUGACUUCUACAGCUUUGCCUGUGGGGGCUGGGUGAAGAACAAUCCCCUCCCUGAGGGCAAGUCCCGCUGGGGACCUUUCAGCAACCUGUGGGAGCACAACAUGCUUGUAAUGAAGCAUUUAUUAGAAAACACAACGAUGAAAGGUUUGAGCAAAGCUGAGGAAAAGGCUCAGCGAUAUUAUCAAGCCUGCAUGAAUGAGGCCAAGAUUGAGGACUUAGGAGCUAAGCCACUACAGGAGCUAAUCAGACAGAUAGGAGGGUGGGCCCUGACUGAAGACUGGGACAAGGACAACUUCCAGCAAGUUCUGCGUAAAGUGUCAGCAAACUAUCGCACCUCGCCUUUCUUCACAGUGUUCGUCAGCACUGACUCCAAAAACUCCAACAGUAACAUCAUCCAGGUGGAUCAGUCCAGCCUGGGACUACCUUCACGGGAUUACUACCUCAAUAAAACAGCAAAUGAAAAGUAUCUGACAGCAUACCUCAACUUCCUAAUGGAGUUAGGGACUCUUCUCGGUGGCCCGAAGGAGAAGACUCGAGCGCUGAUGGAGGAGAUUGUGGACUUUGAAACCACCCUGGCCAACAUAACAGUCCCUCAGGAGGAGAGAAGGGACGAGGAGCUCAUCUACCAUAAGAUGCAGGCCAAAGACCUGACGACUCUGGCUCCUGCAGUGGACUGGAUGCCGUACCUCACAGAAGUGUUCGCUCCCGUACCGCUCAACGAGUCAGAGCCGGUGGUUGUUUAUGCCAAAGAAUACCUCCAGAAAGUUUCUAUCCUCAUAAAUAAAACAGAUAAAAGCCUACUCAACAACUACAUGAUAAUGAAGGUGGUGAGGAAGAUGGUCUCCAUUUUGGACCAAAGGUUCCAGGAUGCUGAGCAGCGCUUCCUCGAGGUCAUGUACGGAACCAAGAAGAGCUGCACUCCGCGCUGGAAGCUGUGCGUCAGCGACACCGACAGCGCCCUGGGCUUUGCUCUCGGAGCCAUGUUUGUCAAAGCCACCUUUUCUGAGGACAGCAAGGCCAUUGCUGAGGAUAUGGUCGCAGACAUCAAAUGGGCGUUUGAGGACAGCCUGAAAUAUGUCAGCUGGAUGGACUCUGAAACAAAAAAAGCAGCAAAAGAAAAGGCAGAUGCAAUAUACAACAUGGUUGGAUAUCCAGAGUUCAUCAUGAACGCCACAAAGCUGGACAAAGUGUUCAAUGAUUUUGAAGUGGUGUCAGAACUGUACUUCCAAAAUGUCAUGCAGUACUACAACUUCUCAGCCAGAGUGACGGCGGACCAGCUGAGGAAAACUCCAAACAGAAACCAGUGGAGCAUGACUCCUCCAACCGUGAACGCAUAUUACAACCCGACCAAGAAUGAGAUGGUUUUGCCAGCAGGAAUCCUUCAAGCUCCAUUCUAUAGUCGUUCCUGGCCUAAAGCUCUGAACUUUGGUGGAAUUGGAGUAGUCAUGGGACAUGAACUGACUCAUGCUUUUGAUGACCAAGGGAGGGAAUAUGACAAGGAUGGAAACCUGCGUUCCUGGUGGAAGAACUCGUCUGUGGAGGCCUUCAAGAAGCAGACCCAGUGCAUGGUGGAGCAGUACGGUAAUUACAGUAUCAACCAGGAGCCUCUGAAUGGAAGACACACCCUGGGAGAAAACAUCGCUGACAACGGUGGACUCAAGGCCGCCUACAAGGCUUAUGUGAACUGGAUAAAAAAGAACGGAGAGGAGGCCACGCUGCCUGCACUGGGAAUGACUAACCAUCAGCUGUUUUUUGUGGGAUUUGCACAGGUAUGGUGCUCUGUCAGGACUCCUGAAAGCUCACAUGAGGGUGUCAUCACAGAUCCUCACAGUCCAUCAAGAUUCAGGGUCAUCGGCACCAUCUCCAAUUCACAUGAAUUCUCAAAGCACUUUGGCUGCAAAGCAGAUGCUCCUAUGAACCCUAAACAUAAAUGUGAGCUUUGGUGAUGCCUCACUGCUCAGCGCUGUUUAUCAGCAAGGAGUGAAACUGUUGUUUGUCAAAGAGAGAUGCUGACAAAGUCUCUCCGGACGAGGAUCGCAAGAACCACUGACAAUCCUACUGCCUUGCCACUCAAUGCUUAUCAGGCUGCUUAUCAGGACAAAAUGUGCCUGCUCUAUACGGAGGAUUGCAAACUUCAGUGCUUCUUGACAAGGACUUGUGGUUUAGCAAACUGCUUUCCCCAACUUCUGAUGUUAAAUGUAGCUAUAAAUGUGCUUUUUGAACACUGGAAACCCAACUUAUGGUUGCAAAAAAUGGGCGAACCACUCUCAAAUUUUGUAAACCGCUUGUUUGUCACAUAAAGUGAUAAACAAAGUGACGUUUCUUUUUCUUGUAACUUUUCACUGUGCUUGGAUCUGCUCCAGUUUACUUUUAUUGUAUUUUAUUUAUGUUCACAAUUUUUAUAUGACAUUGACAGUGAACCAGGGACCCGCAAGAUGUUUAACUUGAUGGGAAAAAAUGAAAAUCUGGUCUACGUUCAAAGACUUUUAAAGCCAUGUUUUAUGAAUGGGUAGAAAUGUUUUAAUACUAGAGCAACAGCUUGUCUGUGAAGAACAGAAAUACUUAAAUAUUUUGAUAUUUUGAUUUGAUACCUCUGUUUAAAGACAAAGUCAUUUUUGGACCUGGUAUCACAUUGCUGGUAUUUCAUUUCUAUAAUGGAAGACCAAUACAAAUUCAAAAAAGAUUGAAACAGUUUAGAAAUUCAUACAAGGAAUUAACUAUUUUUUCAUGCAGAAGCUAUAAAGGCUAAACUAUGAUGUGUCAUACCUCUUUUUAUGAGUAAGAGUCUGUCACAAAUUAUUUUGUAUAGUAAAACCAAUCAUAAAACA